CAUUCUUGUUUGUUUAUACGUUCUUCAAAACUAAAAAAAGAUCCUUCCUUUUCACUCUCUGUCUCUGACAUUGCAGCUAAAUUUCGCAGAACCAUCUCUCUUCGCUCACCCAAAUCUAUUCAAAACAAAUAUUUCAGUUCAGUUCAUCCAAAAUUUCGACUCAAUUGUCACACGCCGUUAUGGGAUCCCGGUGAUUGAAUCCGAUCGGAUCAAAUCAGAUCCACCGCGCCGUCGAUGGCGGCGCCGAGAAACUUAACGGCGUUAAAAGACGAAGAAAGCGGCAUGGAGCUUGAAGACGAUUCCCCCACCUCCAAGAAACCUAAAUCAGAAAGGUUCCCUCUCAAUACAUGGGAAUUCGCCGUCGCCGUCGCAGUUUUCUUCGUCUUCUCCAUCGGUCUCUUCUGCAUUUACCUCACCAUGCCUGCCUCAACCUCCGCCAAUCUCAAAUUGCCUCGUACUCUAUCCGAUCUUCGCACACUCAAAGAUCAAUUUUCAACGUAUGCGAAAGAGAACCCGGCACAGUUCAUUGUUGGGUAUUGUUCCACGUAUAUCUUUAUGCAGACAUUUAUGAUUCCAGGAACAAUUUUUAUGUCAUUGUUAGCCGGUGCUCUUUUUGGAGUUGUAAGAGGAAUAAUGUUGGUUGUUUUCAAUGCAACGGCUGGAGCAUCUUCGUGCUUCUUUUUGUCUAAGUUAAUUGGCAGGCCUAUUGUUACAUGGUUGUGGCCUGAAAGGUUAAGGUUUUUCCAAGCUGAGAUAGCAAAGCGUAGGGAUAAGCUGCUGAAUUACAUGCUUUUUCUAAGGAUAACCCCAACAUUGCCAAAUCUUUUCAUCAAUUUGGCAUCUCCAAUUGUUGAUGUACCAUUUCAUAUAUUCUUUUUCGCAACUUUGAUCGGUCUUAUUCCAGCCUCUUAUAUUACUGUCAGAGCUGGCCUUGCUCUUGGGGAUCUAAAGUCAGUCAAGGAUCUAUAUGAUUUUAAGACAUUAUCGGUGCUUUUCCUCAUUGGUUUUGUUUCUAUACUUCCAACACUUUUAAAGAGGAAGCGGGUAUAUGAAUGAAGUCGUGCUGGCACAGCUAAGCUUGCUCAAUUCAUUUGUUAAAGGGCACGUUACAGCGGAUCAGAGUGGAUAUUAAUUAACAAGAUAAAGAAAGUAUUAAUUAUUAAAUCAGUAGCAAAUGCUCCUAUUAUUUUCUAUGGUGGAGCCUCUCUUUUUUCCCUCCUUUUUGAUCGUGUGGAGAGAGUUAGAGUAGACUAAGCUAGUGAUGAUCAAUAUACUCAGCUAUGGCUGCAAGGUUUUGGUGGAGAACUUAAAUUACUCCUAAUCUGGCUUUUGGUUACAUCGGAACGAUGUGGUGAAUGUUUAUCAAUGUUGUUGGCGUAUCUGUCUUGUACUACAUAGGAACAUACGUUUACUUUGUACUAUUCAUUGUUUAUCCAUUACAAGAUAUAAUAGAGAAUUUCAACUAUUAGUUAUUA